CGCCGUUAACGGCGAGGUAAAACAAUUUCAUUAGGUUAAAUGCGUGCGCGCAUGGUGAGCAGGUCGCGGUAGAGGUGUAGCUCGCCACUUACAAGGAGGCCUAGCAGGAUGUUUUUCGAAAACAAACUAGUUUGAUUUACCUCGCUGCCUAGCUCGCGGCUUUGCUCGCUGCUUUAACGUGAUUGGUCCACUCAAGGCCACGCACCCCCCAACCCCCUCUCCCGGUACACCCCGCCACUCCCUUCAGUCUGCUUUCACCCAAGUCAACGUUUAGUUCCGCUUGUUGGUUUCUGUUAGUUUUUGAUAACCUGUUAUCCGAAAUGAAGGAAGAUAUUAUUAUUGCUGUCCAAAAUCGUCCAGCCUUGUGGGACAAGAGACACAAGCAACAUCACAAUCGUCACGUUCUGGACAAGGAAUGGAAGGAAAUUGCGAAAGAACUAAAAGUUACAGAUAAAGUUGUGAAGCAAAUUUGGAAGAACUUGAGGCAAGAAUUCAGAAAACAAUUUUCCAAAACAAUUAAGUCUGGAGCUGCAGCACCAGAAACACCCACAUGGAAAUAUUACGACAGCAUGGCGUUUCUCAAAGACCAGUUUUUGCCCCGCAAAUCAACAGGAAACCUUGCAGAUGUAAUAGCAGAUGACUCAGACCACGACCUAAACGAAGAGGAGUCGGAAGAAGUGACCGAGAUAGGCCAAGAAUGUGAUGAACCUGACAAUCCACAGUUGGACACAGAGAAUCUGACAAUAGUACCGGCGCCGGAGAGUGAAUCACGCCAGCAGCAGAAAUCUCAUGCAUCACGCCCUGCAAUGCCACCAAGAUUUAAUACGAAUGACCUGAUCACAAGAACAGGAUUUAAAAAAAGAAUCACGACACAAGCAGCUAUUGGACGGGAAUUAGUGCAGUUGGAGAAAGAAAAGUUGAAGUUAAAGCAACAGAAAAGUGAGGACAGGGCAAAUGACGAGGAUGUUGGGUUCUUCAACUCACUGCUACCCCAUGUUAAAAACCUGAAUCCUAGAAAGAAAAUGUUGUUCAGGAUGAAAGUUCAAGAAAUUCUUUUUGACAUGGCAUACUCACCCGAACCACCAUCAUCAUUCUCAACAACAUCAACUGUCACUAGACCUACGUCAGUAGACCACAGUACAAGCUCUCAUCGCUACAGUCCCUACGACAGUUCCUCUCCUAGUACCAUGGCAUCACCAUCACCAGUCACCUUCGCACAGCUGGUCCGCGACGUGACUUGA